AUGGCGACGGCCAAUGAGGGUGUUGGUGCCGGCGGUAUAAAGAGAUCUCACCUCGGGAUCCCGGAGGCCGUGUUUGUGGAAGAUGUGGAUUCAUUUAUGCAGAAACCUGGAAAUGAAACGGCUGAUGUAGUGCUUAAGCGAUUAGAUGAGCAGUAUCAAAAGUAUAAGUUUAUGGAAUUAAAUCUUUCUCAGAAGAAAAGAAGACUAAAGAGUCAGAUCCCAGAAAUUAAACAGACGUUAGAAAUUUUAAAGCACAUGCAAAAGAAAAAGGGCACUACGGAGCCAAUGGAAACAAGGUUUUUAUUGGCAGAUAAUCUAUAUUGUAAAGCAUCAGUGCCACCUACAGACAAAGUCUGCUUGUGGCUUGGGGCCAAUGUGAUGCUUGAAUACGAUAUUGAUGAAGCUCAGGCUUUGCUAGAGAAGAAUUUGUCUACAGCCACCAGAAACCUUGAAUCCACAGAACAUGACCUUGACUUUUUGCGGGACCAGUUUACCACAACAGAAGUCAAUAUGGCAAGAGUUUAUAACUGGGAUGUAAAAAGAAGAAACAAGUCAGAUGGUGCAAAAAUCAAAGCAUAG